GGCACGGUUUUUAGUUUACGGAAAAAUAGCUUAAUUGCUACUUGUUUUAGCAAAACACUGCGGUUUUUGUUGACUUACUUUUCAUUGUGACGCGAAUGUUCAUUAUAUUUAGCUUUAGAAGACAGUAUAGACAGUUUUCUUAACUUCAACGAGCCGCUGGCUGCUUUGUUUAUAAAGUUUUGUGAUGUUAGCAUGUUUGAUGUUAGCAUCAUGGCACAAGUUCCCCAACCAGGAUCGGUUAUUGUCUCUGAUUGGCACCGAUGUAAAGAAAGCAAAGAAUAUUUCAACAAAAUUCUACACAAGACGAAACGAAAGAACUUUGGUCUGCUGGAGUCUCCGGUGAUGGCUCCACACGUAGCUGUGGACACAUUUCCUUAUAAGAUCUUCAUUUCCGGUAAGAGUGGAGUUGGAAAAACUGCGUUUGCUGCACGUCUCGCUGGCUUGAGCAUUCCUAACGUGCACCAUGAAACCACAGGUAUCGAGACGACGGUGGUGUAUUGGCCAGUGAAGCUGAGAGAAAACGGCAGGGUGCUUUUUUUCCGUCUGCAGUUUUGGGACUGUGGAGAGAACGCCUUACGCAGAUUUGAUCAUCUGCUUCCAUCUUGUAAGGAGCAGGUGGACGCGGUCCUGUUCCUUUUUUCCUUCACCGACAGGACAUCCUUUGAUGAUUUAUCAAGUCAGAUCUCUAAAUGGAAUGAGCCAUCUUUUGGUCGUGUUGUCAAAGUGGUGAUUGGCACCAAAUUUGACCUUUUCAUGCACUGUGACGUGGCAGAGAGGGACGUCGGGAAGUUUGAGGAGACGUGGAGGUUACCGGUGCUGUGUACGGGCGGUGGAGAGGCCGGCACUGGGCUGUGUGAUGUAGCGCCCAUCCUGAACUGCCUGGCAGAGAACUUGUGGCAUCAGGACUGCAUUAUAUCUGGAGCAGCCCAUCAGGAGCUGGAGUCAGAGAACGCGACUCUGCUUUAAGUGUUUGUCAUGUUAUAAAGCUGUGACGUGAUUCAAGUGGCAAAUAGAGCAGACAAAGAUUCUGUAUUUACAGACUGGGGGGGGGGGGGGG